AUGUGCGCGCCCGGCUUCCUGGGCGCUCCUGGUUUCCCGGGAGCCCCAGGUUUCCCUGGAGCCCCAGGUUUCCCUGGAGCGGCGGGCCUGCUGGGAGCCCACGGCGCGCUGGCAGCAGCCGGCCGCGGCUACGCGGCGCAGGCCCCCGCCAACAUCGUGGUGGGGGCGGGCGGCUACGUGCUCGACGCCCCCGACGUGGCCGUCGCCAAGACCCCCGGCUUCCCAGCUCCAGGAUUUCCAGCUCCCGGCUUCCCCGCACCCGGACUGGGGUUCGGCCCCGGUCCUCUGGGCGCCUACGCCCCAGCACACGGCCACGCUAACAUCGUCAUAGGACCGAGCGGAGUGCCGCUGGACACUCCAGAGGUGGCUGCUGGAAAAUUAGCCAACGCAGUCGCCCACCUGCAGGCCAAGGCGCGGACUGGCCAUCUGGGAUGA